AUGUUAGCAAAGUGUAAUUUAUGUAAGCAAACUGUAAGUUACAAAACAUCAACGACAAAACUAAAAAAGCAUUUGGCGCGAAAACACCCACUAGUAAAAUUGAACUAUGAAGAUUCAACCACCCAAGGUACGAACGUCGUCAGCAACCAGAUUCGAGCAGAAAACAUAAAUACAGCUAGACCAGGACCAAGCAUAUCGACUCCAAGCAACCUUCAAUCAAACCAAGAAGCAGAAGAUACUGAACCAGGACCUUCGACAAGUAAUAAUAGUAAUAUUAAACGAGAAACGUCUCAAACAAAAUUGCCAUUUAUGCCAAAAACUAUAAGUAUUCAUACGAAAAAAAAACUGGAUAAAUGUUUAAUGGAUCUGUUUACAGAAGAUUUGCAACCUUUUAGCAUCGUAGAAGAUCGAGGAUUCAAAAAUUUUGUUCAAAUGCUUAAUCCAUCAUAUCAAUUGCCGAUCAGAUGUAUCAAAUACUAUGUUACCAGCAACAUACGAGGAAAAAUAUAG